GCAUCGACGCUUACAUCGCCUUGUCCCUGCAGUAUUUGCUUCGUGCUCAAUAAUCAAGGGACAGACGGAAUGAGUUCCGGUCAUACUAUUCUCGAUACCACCGCUGGAUCAGUAGUCUCCGGACUGAAGCUGGCGACUCGGUCUUGGUCACACGAUGGAGUCGCACAAGUCUGACGGUGGUCGAAUACCCCGGUUGAAGGAUGUCGCGUCUCAAUCCCGAAAUGUAUCGUCGACCGGGAUGGCUUCAGUGCGCUCUUCAAACACUGCUGCCCAAUUAUUGCAUUGUCCCCGGAUACCAAGACCGAAUAAUGCAUCGUACAUGAGCAGCAGAACAUCACUUCUAUCUGAUGCAGCUGAUAGUCGAUAUGCCUCCACAUCAUCGAACAAGUCGAGAAUUCCGACUGGCCUUGUGGCUCGUCCACCCAUGACUUCCCAAGAUACGAUUCACCAAUCUUCAUUGCAUUUCACCCCGGGCAUGAUGACGGAUCGUCAUGUAUCACUGGCUUCCCACAUGGCUGCUGAACCCCCGAGACCCGCCGGAAGCGAACCACAGACCCCUGGUCAGGGUCGACUUCGGAAUGUUCUUCGAAGGAAAGCGCCCACAAUUGGUCAGCAUAGCGCGCAGAUUAAACCAAUGCCGGAUAGAAUUAGAUCUCAGAAGCUGAAUGUCCUUAUUCCCGAGCAUCCUUCAAUUGGUCCUUCGGCGAAUACCCCAUCUCAGAUCCCACCGAGCAGUAAUAGUCUGAUCGGACAGGUCCUAGCACCAAUGACCUCACAGCAAAAUCCUUUGAGCAGCGUGUCGGACACCGGCGGGAAUGUUCCAAAGGAGCUCGCCAGUCUUAGAGCAACAACAAUCAAUACACAGAAUCUUCCACCCCCAACCCCAGUGAUUCCGUCUGCAAGCAGCCCGUCGACGAGAUACUCCGAGUCUCCUGGGAUGUGGAGUAGGACGUCCACGCCCACUACUUUAUCCUCGUACUCGCCGGGAAUACCAAUUCCUCCCAAGGGUCCUCGUAUAAGACAACCGAGUCCAUCUCAAAGCAGGCUCCCUAUCUUCUCUCCUCAGCUAUAUCAGUUGAGUUCAUCUGCAGGAAAGAUUGCACAAAGCGCCAUAGACGGAGCACGCUUAAAGUCGACACAGGACAAUUCACUUCCCGAGGCCGAAUUAAGCGGAGAGCCGAAUAAGGCCAGUGCGCCGAAUGUGGCUUAUGGUAGCCUACCACGAAAGUCAUCUACAUGGACCAAAUCCACCAUCUCGAACGGACACAAGUCAAGCCACAAUUUACAGGCAGUUUACGAGCCAACACAGAACUUCAAACCUGCGUCCAAUAGGGAAAGAGCAGACAAGAUGAAGAUAUCUGUCCAAAUACCUACGCGGCCCAGCAGGGAAGGUACUCAUCAAUUGGUGCUGGAACCCUCUCCGGUCAUUCGGAGCAACAUAGUACCUGCAGCUUUGACAGGCCAUAGACGCCGAAUAUCAGCCGAUCGGCAUGAUGGAUUAACACCCUCAGCCUUGUCUGCAACUACUUCUGUGGACUGUCUGCAUUCCACGGUAUCUGCGCGAACCACCUCCCGCGUUGCUGCGUCCGAGAUACCAAGGUCAACACCUCAAUUCCUGGGCAAAGGUCCCAAGCCACAGCACGAAGCCGGCAGCCCAAGCAAAAGUCUCAGUCUUGGUCUAUUCGCUAAAAAGUCUAAAUCGGAGACAGAGAAAGAAAUUGAAGGUCGAACCGUUCGCAAAGGACCAGCUGCUGGAACAGGUCAUGAAGGCUACGGUAGGUAUUCACAGCGAGGCCGCAAGAUGAGCACGGCUAGCAGUACAACCAGUCGAGCACGUUCUUCAAGCUCUGUAAGAAGUGGAUCGAAGUCUGUUACCAGCAACAAAAGCAAUACUACGAGGGGUCGUGCAGACUUCGAGCUUGAUGAUUUCCUGAUGCAGCGUCUUGAGCCCGUGGUAAUUCACGGUGGUGGUAUGGAUGGUGCUGCUGCUUUGAAGAGGCAGAGCGAGCAGAGCACAAGUAAUUUCAGCACGGGUACAGAUUCAAUUCUAAUACAACAGUUUAAGGUCUCGCCAUCCACGAGCAGCUCCACAGAGACAUUGCCAUCAUCUAGGGCGACUUCGGUGACUUUAGGCGAACCAAUUUGGAGCGGUACGGAAGGACUAACGUCUUCAAGCACAUUGGCAUUUUCCGAGCCAGCGAGCAUUCCUGUCACCCGAACAGAGCCGAGCAAGUCUAUCAAGGCGCAGACAUUUGCUCAAUCUCAUCCGCAGGGUCAUGCACCUCACGUAGCCAAUGACAAUGUUGGACAGCUUAGAGCUCCCGAGGUACAAAGCCCACGGAAGAAGGCGUCAAAAAAAGGCCUUGGUAUGAAAUGGAAUAUCUUCCAAAGGAAGCCGGAUACAGUUCGUUCAGAUCACGAUAUUGGCGCAAGUUCUGGCCCAAAGCUUCAUGCCACGGUUUCUCCCAUAACUGCCCGCAGGCCCAUUCCCUAUUAUGCGCUACUGGACGUUGAUCCGGACCCUCUGGAAGAGAUAGUCCAUGACGUUGAGAAUUCACCUCCUACUGAGGAUGAGGAGAUUGUCUCUUGUGUUGAGGCGCCAGCUGCAUUGAAGAUGCGGGACCCUACCGAAUCCAUACUGCUACCAUCACCGCCAUCGCUGCAUGAUAGCUUGUUCCAAAAUCAGGCUCAGUCUUCAAAGGUUUACUUUAACAAGGGUCCUUCUCCUCGGAAUCACGAGGAGCGAUUCGAAGAGAAGUCGGAAGGAAGACAUACCAGUCGCCUGACAUCGAUCGGUCGCAUUCCCCGGGUCGUUUCUAGAAGAGAGCGACCACACAAACCAGCGCUGCAGUCAUUCUCGAGACCAUUUAGCGUUGCAGACUCACCUUCACUACUGGCUCCAGCUGCACCAAAGCCUAACGAGUUUUGCUCGCAAAAUUCGCAGCCAUUUAUUAUGCAAAAGCUUGAAUCUCCGCACCAUGAGUCUGCUCGCGGGUUUGACCUGACCAACCCAUUUCGCGACCUUUUUCAAUUCAGCGUGCUAGAUUUCAUCGCGGGUCCUUAUGCAAAGGAUGAGUUCAUGACGUUCUCGCCUAGAAAAGUAUCGGUGGUAUCUUCUUCAAGUGGCUCUGAGAGCCUCGCGGCAAUAACAGCAGUGGUUCCAAGCCCUAGGGCUGAUUUAACGGAAGAUGAAGUCUGGGGGGAGUAUGAUGACCUCAUUGAUCAUGUGUUGUCGCCUCAAACAACAAGCACACUGUUUUCACUCGGCUCGGAGACGGAGCGGAAUCUAGAGAAUGUGACAACGGCCAGCAGGACGCUUCAAGCAGAAUUGACUCAUGACCAGGCGAAUGCCUUUUCUGGCCUUAUCGACGGGCCGAAAGUAGAGCUUACACCUUCUUCUCCCAUCUCAAGCAACGGCUCAAUCCGACUUCGCAGAUCCACGGUUGCUGCUGAGACUCGCGCGUCGAUCGCCCCGUCCUCUCAGCCUUCUUUCAGUAGCAUAAUUGCUUGCUACUGUGAUACUCGUGAGGACAAAAGAGAAACAACGGAACAAGAAUUCGACAACUUGACGAUGCUUCCCCAGACUGAGCAAUCGCUAGGCUUGCAUAGCUCUGAAACAUUGGUUGCAUCGCCCAGUCUUAGAGAGAGUCGUCAACGCAGCACUGCCUUGUUUGAUAUAGCGGAACGCAAUCGCGAAGGACCGACUGCUCUUACGAACAUCAGAUCGGGCUCACUCAUGACGAGUCGGUGGUUGUCAUUCGGGAGAGUCCUUUUCAGUCCUGGACAUAGCCGCAUUAAAAGUGGGGAUCAAGAUAGAAUCCUGGUUGUCGAUGGGCUAGGAAAUGAUGACUGGUCCUUCUACUGUGCCUUGACAUAUCCGACUGCUAGUAUCCAUAGUCUCAACGAGGGAGUCAAUACUGCCACAUUCAAACACCCAGCAGCAUGGAAGCCACCAGCAAAUCAUCAUGCUUUCUAUCAGUCGACCCUCGGCGAUACGUUGCCUUUCCCAAAGGGAUACUUCACUGUUGCUGUUCUGCGCUUCCCCGCAGCUUGUGCGGAGAGCGCGCAAGCGAGGCUUGUAUCCGAAUGCAAGCGCGUUCUGCGUGCUGGAGGCUAUCUAGAGAUGAGUAUCCUUGAUCGUGAUAUGGUGAACAUGGGCAACCGUACACGACGAGCCCUGAGGACGCUGAAGGAAAGAACGUUUGCGUCCGACCCGAGCAUUAGCCUGAAGCCUGCCAGUGAUAGCGUACAAAAGCUUCUUGGACAGUGUGGCUUUGACAACCUUCGACGAUGUAUGGUUCGUAUUCCGGUCGCAGGGAUGAUUGUGAGAACGUCAGCUUCUUCCACCUCGACUGCAUCCUCGGACCCAUCUAUGCUCGCUGCAACCAGCAGCCUUUCAAGCAAUAUUUCACCUUCAACAGUGUCUUCCGCGACCGUCUACCAGAGACCCCAUGGAGAGCCAUCACCUAACGACGUCGACUUAUCCCUGGGAGACCUCCUCUCUGAUCCCUCUCCAUCACCUUCGAACGACGAAUCAAUCCGCAAGAUAGUCGCAAAGGUGGGCCGGUGGUGGUAUACUCGUUGCUACGAGAUCCCUGUGCUCCCAAACGGCGAUGUAGCUCUUAGCAUCUGGUCCGAUAGGAAGGUCAUCCGUGAAUGUCAACAGCGCGGCACGGGAUUUCGCCUAUGGGUCGCAUAUGCGCAGAAACCUUGCGAGAAACGCCGAACAAUGAGUGUUUAGUACAUCCUGCAUCUUGAUUUCUCACAUACGACCACAUGAAGAUAAUGACGAUGAUGAUACAUACGACUUUCGACGAAGAAAAUAUGCGGUUAUUGUGCCUUUCAAAUGCUCAUACCCUAUGAUAUUUUCCGACGAAUCGGCCGAUACCACGGGUCAGAAAGACAAAACAGGGAGAUGCUUUUAUUUAUUUAUUUUUUUUUUUUAAAG